GUUAGACACAACCGGGUCCUCGCUGUCUGCAUUUUGAAACCGUCGCGGUGAGAAGACACCUAACGUUAGCAACAGUAGCCGGGGAGAGGAGGAGGAGGAGGAGGGAGCUGAAGCAUGGAGGCGGUUCUGAGCAGGCUGAGGGGGCUUAGUGCUGAAGAACUGCGCGAGGAGUUUGCCCGAGCAGACAUCAAGUGCGGUCCUAUCACAGCAACCACCCGAGCCACCUUUGAGAGGAAGUUAGCCCGAGUCCUGGCCGGACCAGAGAGCAGUGCCACUGAAUCGGACAGCAGCUCUUCGGCAGGCGUCUCUGGCAGUGCAGCCUCCAUUGCCGCCGAUCAUGCCAAACCUGUGUCAUGUGCCACCUCAGCAGUUGCACCUACCACUUCUGCAACAAGCAGCAAACCCAAGGGUGCCGGUGAAGAGUUGGACUUUGGCUACGGUGUGGGACUUAAUCCUCCAGAGGAAGAGGAGAUCUCAGUAAAGACAGCCUCAAACAGCUUUGCAGAAGGCACUAACUCCAAAACGGAAACCCCUUCAAAGUCUGCACAAGUGUCCCCGACCUUUUAUUAUGGAGUAUGUCCACAGUGGGAGGAUGUUUUGUCUAGAACUGAGAGAGCACAUGUAUACACUGAUAAGAAAGAUGCCCUUCAAGCUGUUAAGAUGAUGAAGGGAGCCCGCUUCAAAGCCUUUCCCAACCGCGAGGAUGCUGAGAAGUUUGCUAAGGGGAUCUGUGACUAUUUUCCCUCUCCCAACAAAUCUACACCCUGUGUAUCUCCUGUCAAACCAGGCCUGGUCAUUAGUAAAGAAAACAUGGAGGUUGAUACCAUCAACCGGGAGCGGGCCAACAGUUUCAAGAGCCCACGCACCCAGGACCUGACCGCCAAACUGAGGAAAGCUGUGGAGAAGGGCGAUGAGGUGGCCUUUAGCGAGCUGGUCUGGAGCAACCCACGCUAUCUCAUCGGCUCAGGGGAUAAUCCCACUAUUGUGCAGGAGGGCUGCCGGUACAACGUCAUGCACGUGGCAGCCAAGGAGAACCAGGCAGGAAUCGCCCAGCUGCUCCUGGACACCUUGGAAAACCCAGAGUUCAUGCGCCUCAUGUACCCAGACGACCAGGAAGCUAUGCUGCAGAAACGUAUCCGCUACAUUGUAGAUCUUUACCUCAAUACUCCAGAUAAGGCUGGCUUCGAAACACCACUUCACUUUGCCUGCAAGUUUGGGUGCCCAGAAGUGGUCAAUGUCCUGUGCUCGCAUCCUGACAGUGAUAAGAACUGUAAGAACAAGGAUGGCCAGAAGCCUUGUGAUCUUAUUUGUAGCAGAAAAAAUAAAACCCAAGAAGUGAGGCAGAAGAUAAGUGACUAUUUGGAGGACCGCUGCUUUAUCCCUUUGCUGAGGGCAACAGACAACACCUCUCAUCCCAUCAUUGGUGAUCUGUGGUCACCUGAAUCCUCGGAGAGUCUCUCGCUGAUCCAGCGGCAUACUAGAAGCCCCAUGGAUCCCGUGAUGACUGUCACGGCCUUUGCUGGCCCGCUGAGCCCUUCUAAAGCGGAUGAUUUUCGCCGGUCCUGGAAGACGCCACCCAGAGACAAGGCGGAGCUGUUCCACCACAUUCUUAAGUCUGAUCCUGACCGUGGGGCAGAGAGAGUGGGCAGAGACCUGGCUCAUGAGAUGGGCCACCCAUGGGCUGAGUACUGGGACUUUCUGGACAGUUUUGUGGAUCUGUCUUCUACUGAGGGGCUCCGCAAGCUGGACGAGUACCUCAGCAAGAGGGAUUUCAGCCCACGGGUUCAUGAAGAGGCUGGGGAGAAUGAGACCAGCAACAGGUUCAAAACCCCCUCUCCAGGCAAGCCCAAAAAGUUCUGCAACUCCAUCUCUGUUGGUGCCUUCCUGGACGAGGGUGAUGACAUCAGCCUGGAGGAGAUGAAAAACCGGCAGAAUGCAGCACUCACCAGCAUCACAUCCUCUGCUGCAUCCAAGGACUGCCUAAAGGGAGCAGUGGGUGGCCGUGAGUUCCACAUUCUGCCCAUCGCAUUGCACCACCGCGGAGCCGACCUGAUCGAGACGGCGGCCGAGCAGGACCUGCUGUGCUGCUGUGAUGACGGCCUCCUGUCGCCUGGCGUCGUCUGCAAAAAUGGGGUGUGCUCCUCCUCCAGAGAUAGGACUCACAAUGGAGACAAGGUGACUCCUCGCACCUCCCCGUCCUCCUCCUGCCUGCUGUCGCCCAUCUCCAACCUCAUGGUGGAGUUUGAGCGCAUGUCGCUGCAAGAGCCGCUGGACAGCCCCACCAGCUGCAGAGAGCGGAGAAGCAGUGGCGGGAGCCGGCACAGGGAAGUCCGGGACUCCUACAGCUCCUCCUCAGCCACAGACCUCAGCUGCGGGCUGAACCGCCUGUCUCUUAGUCACGGCAGUCAGGACGGUGAGGGCAUGGAGGGGCCAGGCUGGAAAACAGAGGGAGGAGAAACAGAGGAAAGGCGCAGCAGUGGCAGCUCAGAGGAGUACUUUGAAGCAGAGGAGAGUCUGGAGGUGCUGGGCAGGACUGGGGGGUCAGCAUCAGGGGGGCGCAACUUCUGUGCUAGGUCCAAGUCAUGGGACCAUGGGGGGAGGGACCUGAGCAGCUCAGGAUCUUCUGGGUCCUCUUAUAAGUCCUUAGAUAACUCCAAUGAGUUCCUACCCAGGACCCCACCGCACAUUAGAAGAGGACUUUUUAUUGACGGGGAUUUACCAACCAAGUUGGACAGAGAGGUCUUUUCAGCAAUAGAAGGCUUAGACGUCGAUCCCCAAAAAUUUCCCAGCAUUCACAAGUGGAAGAGCACAAUGAAGUCGUACUCCACGUCUGAUAUGCAGAGCUGGCCCAGCCCUGCGGUGGUAAAACCACGACUCAGGAUGCAGCAUCAGACUCCCGGGUCCCCGGUCAGCGGCCUGAUGUCUCCCACCGGUCGCUUCAGUCCCGCCCGGCACGCCGCCUCGCCAGACUUCAGCCCCAGCCGUUACAGCCCUGCCAAUGCUAGCUACAUCCAGCGCAUCCGCCUCAAGCACUUGAACGAGCCACCAAUCUAACUGCCUGCCCCCCCC